CGAUGGAUUCGACGCUAGCGCCAGAACCAGUCCGACCAGCAGACACGUGAAUACCGUCGUCCAUUCUGGGUACAUACAUGCUCGUUUUUUGAUUUCCAAGCGUGUGUCGUCAGUGAAUAAUAUAUACAUAGAAUCUCGUACACGUUAAAUACUACUUGAAGAAAGUAUUCGUGGUGGAAGAUCGACAGAAUCGUGAAUUUCGAGGUACUUUCACACAGAAAUUGAGGUCUCCGCGAGGCAAAAAGGGAAAUGAGAUUUCUCGGAACGAUCUGAUCGAUCGAAGGUUUGUCAGAAAAAAAAGAAGGGUAAAGAAUCAGCCGCUUCGAUGAUACCGAGAGCAGCGCUCGUUCAAAGGACACUUGUCUCAUGUCCAUAUGGUACCUCGGCGAAGGCCGUUUCCAAGAAAGCCAAGCCGUUAGCGUCCCAGGUCUUAACGAGCUACCUCGUGCAAACGAAUAAGCCACCAUGGACAUCGUAUUUCGUGAAGUACUCCGACGUGGUCAACGAUCAGAGCCUGAUGUCUCACUUCAACUGGCAGGUGGGCGACUGCAACUACCACGUACUUAGAACCGGCUGCUUCCCGUACAUUAAGUACCACUGCACCCAAAGGCCAUGGAAGGACCUUAGCCGCGAGGACAAACUGAUCAGGGCAAUCAAGUUCUUCAACUUUGGUAUACCCACGUUAAUGUACGGACUGUCAGCAAUUAUACUGAUCAACCACAAGGAGAUCGUGAAAACACCCUACGGGGACGUGCCGAUCUACUUCUUAAUAGAGGAGAACAAGGGUUCCCUGUACUGAUACACACCCAACACCGGUAUCGGCCUCGAUUUAUACCGUCGGCCGUGACCUUUACUCUUUAAGUAGAUCAAAGUUUAAUGUACGUGUGCAAAAGGAUGCGAGAGAAAUAAAGAUUUGAGAGAUAUAUGUAUCCCCUAAAGAUUGUUUUCAUUGUAUUAUUUGUCCGAAGGUAAUAAGCUCUAACGAUGCGCACACGUCGCUAGGGGCGAAGCCAUUCAAACUGUAAACUUGUAACAACUUUCGUUCGCGUACGAAUGGUAGAGUCGUUACAAGUUUUUACACCGCGGCACUAAUCUAAAUCGUAUUAAUGCCCGACGAGGUUUUCAAAGCGAACGAGGUGCAAACGUACAAACUUAUCAUUAACAUAGCUUUCUAAUUGGCCGGUCAUUUCCAUGAUGAUCUAUUCGCCCACGGAACCGGCGCGGCGUUCCAGUUAGGCCACGGUUAUAAAAUCCAUCACUUCCCGCCGUCAACUUUUAAUUCUGCCCAACCAUUUGCACGUGUCCCGUUUUAGCAAUCGAUCAUGAAUAAUUAUGGAUUCAAAUUAAGUAACCGUCUACGUAAAUAUAGAAUGUGGUAAUAAAUGUCUGUCCGUUCGUUAGAUUGAUAUUUAAUAGCGUUAAGAAGCUAUCUCGCGGCACGGAUGCCGAUAAGAAAAUGAGCAGCGAUGAAUACCUUUAGAUCUAACCGUGCCCUAUCGAAGAAAUUGAUUUGGAGACACAAUAGCGUGCAAUACGUGAAUUAUGCGUCCGACCUGCGUUUGACACGCGGCAAUCGCUUUCGAGGCUUACAGUGACUAAUGCUCCUUUUAUAACAUCGUGUAAAGAGGAACACAAUAGGAGACAAUUACAGCACGCCCGAGAUAUGACAAGUUCCGCUUGAUCGCAUUAAUAAUUCAUGCGGUAAAUAAUUAUCUCUCGAUCCAUAGCCACCUCUACUUAACGACACGCACGAAUAGUUAGUUCGAUUAUCAGAUUUUCAAAUGUAAAUAACAUAUGCUUUAGAUAUGACGAGAAAUAACACGUUGUUGUCAUGUGAAAAAUUUAGAGAUCCGAGUUGUACAAAUUAUUUCUACGAAAUCUGCGCUGGCAGUUAUAAUAGUCACGCUAUGCAAUUAAUAAUUCUCUAAAAUAAAAUCGCACGUAUGUAGCAUCCGUGCUAAUUGGGAGAUUUUAAUUAAUGUCUUAAAUGGGCUUUUCCAUCGCGCUUCA